CAUAUCUCUGUCAUCAACCUCUAUACUUGGUUUGUUCGGUUCUGUUAGAUUAUUUUCGGCUUUCUCUUUAUACCUGGCUACUACUUACUUUAUCAAGAUACAUAUAUCGGGGUUCAAGGAAAGUACAUAAAAAUGGAGCAUUACCAGAGCAAUCUGUUAAAACUCAGUUCGAUUAAACGUUUGAAGGAUAUAAAAAUCUGUCUUUAUGGAAAUACAUGGAAAAGUUGGAUAUAUAUAUGUACAUACACACGGAUCCCGCAAAGAGGAAUUCUCUGCUUUUCCCACUCGACCAAAAAACCAGCGUCAGCUGAAGGUAAAUAUAUUCUACUCGAAAUUGAUCACGUGUCAUCACAUCCUAUUGUUGUCAUAUUCCAGAUGACACCAGUAUGACUUCCUCAAGACUCUGAAUGCUCCAUCUUAAUCCUUCGCCUUUCCUAGCCCCUGUUCACAGUGACGAACAGAAGCUA